AUGCUAGUACAAAUAAAAGCCCAUCCCAUCAACCUAAUACAAAUUUACGCUCCAACAUCAGACCACAGCGAUGAAGAAAUAGAAGACUUUUAUGCAGAUCUAGAAAACUUAACUAGAAACUUGAAAAAACAUGAGAUAAACAUUAUAAUGGACGAUUUCAACGCUAAGGUUGGUAAAAGAAGAGUGCCAGGUGUUGCCGGUGAUUUUGGAUUGGGGCAACGAAACGAAAGAGGUGAUAGACUGAUUGAAUAUUGCCAAGAACAUGACUUGAUUAUAACAAACACCAUGUUUAAGUUACAUCCAAGGAGACUCUAUACGUGGACUGCUCCAGGAGACAGAGAGGGUCAGGUAAUAAGAAAUCAGAUAGACUAUAUAUUAACAAACAGAAGAUUCAGAAACGCAACAUAUGGAGUAAAAACUUAUCCAAGUGCAGAUGCAGCUACAGAUCACAGUAUAUUAGUAGCUAAUCUGAAAGUUAAAUUAAGAUCACAAAAAAAACAAUACAGACCACCGACACUGGACGUAGCUAAGCUGAGAGACCCCCAAAUAAAAGACAAAUUUAAUAGAGUUGCUCUUUCGGGACAGAAGACAACAAAUAGCAAAAAUGGAAAAGCACCAGGGUUGGAUGGAAUACCAAUUGAACUAUUAGAAGCAUUAGAUGGAUCGAACUUAAAAAACUUCACUAAGAUACUAAAUAAGAUCUACCAACAAGGAAAUAUACCAGAGGAAUGGCUGAAAUCAGUGUUCAUACCGAUACCCAAAAAGAAUAAUCCUUCAUAA